AUGCAAAUCACUUCAUCGAUUUGGCCAGUGAUUUUUUAUAGCACUGAUUUUUUGUUGGAUGUUGGGUUUAGUUAUAGUUUUGCUGAGAUUGUGUCGACGACGAUGCUUUUUGUGAGGUAUGGUUUUUUUCCGAAAACAGCUCUUCAACUUUUAAAUAUCCAAUUUUUCCAGCUCAACCUCCACAUUCAUCGGAAUGUUCAUCGUCGAAAAGUUUCCCCGAAAAAGAUUGCUCAUUCUAACUGCAAUCGUAAACGUUGCAUCGUUGCUAGUUUUCUCCUUAUGUGUCUACUUCAAAAAACAGUUGCCAGGCAUUGAAUAUGGUUGUGUUGUGACUCUCAUUACUCAUGGAAUAAGUUAUAGGUGAGCAUAGAACUCGUGAUUUUCAUAGAGACAUAUGUACAUAUGAUUUCAGUGUGGCAUUAGGUCCGAUUGCUUGGUUCAUCACAUCUGAAUUGGUUCCAAUGAGUUGUAGAGCAGUUUCUCAAUCAUUGGCUUUGGCGAUCAAUCAUUUUUUCGCGCUUAUUUUGGCGUUUUUAACAUUUCCACUUUACAAAUCUUAUGGUACAUUCUUUAAAAAAAGAAACCAUCAAAUAAAUUUAUAUUACAGGGUCAAUAAUAAUCAUCAUAUUCUACGUUCUCCCGGGUAUCAUUUGCAUUAAAACACUACACAAAUAUUUGCCAGAAACCAAAGAUAAACAUAUAAACGAGGUGGUGAAAGAGCUGAAAAAUGAGAAUGAAAUGGUCGGAUAG